CUCGUCGUCGCCACGACGCCGUCGGGCGGCAUCGGGCAGGACGGCACGCUGCCCUGGGUCGCGCAGGGCGUCCACCUGCCCGGCGACAUGAGCUAUUUCAAGCGCGCCACGACGGAGACGCGGGACCCGUCGAAGCGGAACGCCGUCGUCAUGGGCCGCCGGACCUGGGAGGGCAUCCCGGAGCGGUUCCGGCCGCUCGCCGGCCGCGUGAACAUCGUCCUGACCAGCGACGAGGCCUACGCGUUGCCGGCCGGGGUGUUGUCCGCGACGUCGCUAGACGAGGGCCUCGCGCUCGCCGAGGACGCGGGCGUCGAGACUGCGGUGAUCAUCGGCGGCGCGCGGCUCUUCGAGGAGACCGUCGUGCAUCCGCGGACCCGCGUCGUCCACCUCACCAUCGUGGGCCGCGACUACCCCGCCGAC